AUGGGCGAAGCUCACUCAAAAGGUUGGCAACCGAAGACAAACAGCUUGUCAGAUGAUUACAAAGUGUUGAGCAAGGUCCUAGGUCUGGGAAUCAAUGGCAAAGUCGUUGAGUGCAUCAGUAGAUCGUCGGGACAAGUUUACGCUUUAAAAGUCCUAAAAGAUUCCCCAAAGGCACGAAGGGAAGUAGAAUUACACUGCAGAGCAUCUGGUUGUGAAUACAUCGUCAACAUUAUCGACGUCUAUGAAAAUACAAUCAGUGGUCAGAAGUGUCUGCUACUCGUUAUGGAAUGUAUGAGUGGAGGAGAACUCUUCAAUAGAAUUCAAGAGCAUUCAGACUCCCCAUUCACAGAAAGAGAGGCAGCAGACAUUGUAUACCAGAUUUGUAUGGCACUAGACUUCCUUCACUCCAAUGACAUUGCCCAUCGAGAUCUCAAGCCAGAAAAUCUCCUAUACACAAGCCACAAGCCAGACGCCAAACUCAAGUUGACCGAUUUUGGUUUUGCCAAAGUGACAAAUGCUCAUAAAUCCUUACAAACUCCAUGUUACACUCCAUACUAUGUCGCUCCGGAGGUCCUGGGCCCAGAGAAGUAUGACAAAUCAUGUGAUAUGUGGUCGCUCGGUGUCAUCACCUACAUAUUAAUUUGCGGCUACCCUCCAUUCUACAGUGACCACGGCCAGCCAAUCUCUCCCGGCAUGAAGAAGAGGAUUAGGAAUGGGAAGUACGAAUUCCCAAAAGAGGAGUGGUCAAGAGUGUCCAAGGAUGCUAAAGACCUGAUAAAAGGCUUGUUGAUAACAGAGCCGGAUAAGAGGCUAACCAUCAAGGAAGUUAUGCACCACAACUGGGUUGCUCAACACACAUUAGUGCCACCCACUCCAUUGGUCUCCGUACAAGUCCUCAAGGAAGACAAAGCCAACUGGGUAGAUGUUCAGGAUGAAAUGACCAAUGCUCUGGCCACCAUGAGAGUGGACUACGAACAGGCCCCGAUAAAAAGGCUCGACGAAUCAAAGAACCCGAUUCUUGAGAAGAGGAAGAAAAAGCAAGUGGCGCCAAAAUAAACUCCAUCGCUACAUUAGUUGGACUGAAAUUUUAAGGGCAUGAAUAGAAAGGGUUGACCUGUGACCUGGCUUUGAGGGUAAUGGUGAUGAAGAUGAUGAGGAUGGGGAAGAUGAAGAUGAUGAGGAUGGGGAAGAUGAUGAGGAUGGUGAUUGGGGAUGUUGCUUGGUUAAUGAUUGCUGUCAUAUUUUAUCAUCAUGUUGCGUGUGUUUAAUGAUGAAUAAGUGAUAGCUAUCUGGCUUCAGUUUGAUGUUACAGCAUAGCAUGGUGAACAAUGAUAUCAUUCAGUUGCUAUCAACUGUUGUUGUUGUUGUUGUUGUUUUUGUUGUUGUUGACUGGUUUAAUAGAAGGAAAGUUAGUAGCGUGGCAUGCAUUUGCAUUUGCUAUUGCAACCUUCGUGAUGCCUUUGAUGUGUCGUUUGAGAAAUUUAAAUUUUUAAUCUUUUAUUAUUAAUAAUCUUUUUAUUAUUUUUUUUUCUCAAUAUUAAUUUUAAGAAAGUGUAUUAUUCAUUUAUCAAUGACUCUUAGCCAUUUAAGGUGUGAUUGAUUGUUUUUAUUUAAUGAAC